GCUGAUACUGACGUUUCACACGGUGGAAAAAAUUUUCAUCAUCCCGCACCGCAAGAGUGAUUUUUGGAAAAUAAUCGAAAAGUGAUUGUUGUGUAAUAAACUCCCCCGGAAUAUGAGCAUUGGCCGCUGCGGAACGCCGAAUGCAAACGAAUGAUUCGCAGUGCAGACAAUUGUUGCGGAACGGAUUAAGAAAGAAGAACGCACCGAAAUGGCCUACCGCCUGCUUACGACGGCUCGAAAGCUAGAAUCGACUCUGGCUGGCCUUGGUCGACAACAUCGCACCGUCAACACGACCGAUUGCGACCAGAUAAUUCGCAGUUUAAGUUACCUACAAUCGAGUAAAAACAAGGUGUGGAAUGAGUUCCUACACAGGAUUCAACUGUUCUGUGAAAAAACUCCCAAGGGAUUCGAAAAAUACUACAAACCUCCUGGCAGCACCAAGAAAGGUGCUGCUGCCGAAGAGGCUCAAGAAGUCGCUUCCAAGGAUGCCAAGUCAGCGUCCUCGUCGCCAUCUGGGAAGAACGCUCCCGGUCAGCAGCCGCAGCAACCACCGAAAAAUGACUGGAAUUUGGGAAUGUUUGGUCCGCAGCCGGCCCGGGGCAAGGGAGGUAGUGGUGGAUCCGGAGGAACCGGUGGCAGUGGUCGCCCCAUCGGAGGUGAAGGCGGAGAGAAGGAGAAAAUGAUGGUCUUUGGGGCGCUGGCCGGGGUGGCGUUGAUUUCCGCAAUUGCGUAUUUCGAGAUGGGAUACAAGGAGAUUGCGUGGAAGGAGUUUGUGAAUAACUAUCUUGCUCGAGGAAUCGUGGACAAAUUGGAGGUGGUCAAUAAGAAGUGGGUUCGUGUUCGAUUGACGGCGGGAAAUUCCUCCGACUCGGUAAGUGCUCCAUUCAAUGUAUGCCGUCGUAAUUAGAAAUAUCUCGUUUGUUGAAGUACCCUCUCAGA